AUGCAGCAGCCGACCCCCAAGACGGCAGCCACGAACAGCUCUCCGCCAGCGCUGACGCAUUCCGGCUCCCCGACACCCGGCAUCACCGUUCCCGCGACUCCGGCCGAGGGCGAGAUUUGCACCCCCCUGCAUGCGCUGUAUGCCUUUGACGUGCUCGCCGCCAAGCUCGAGGGCCGGAAGCACGUCCCGGCUCCCUUCUCGAACGCAGCGGACAAGUAG